AAUAAUCAAUAAAUUGGCGAAAAAUUAGUAUAGAAAAAGCAUAAAUGAAAAAUGGGUAAACCAUAUACCAUAUUACAAAUAUAUGGGUAUAUAAACAAUAUUAAAAAAAAGAAAUGGAAACUUCCUAACUAUACUUUUCAAUUGAAGGCAAGGAUACACCUAAUAACAUCUCACGUCAACCCUCUUUCAACGGAAAAAAAUCGAAUCCUUAUCAAACGUCUAGUUUUCAUCAUUAGGUUUCCUUUUUAAAAAAGUCCAGGAUUAUUGAAUUGCUUUUCAGGAUUCCCUUUUAUGGAGCCAUUUCAUUCAGGUGUCUCUUUUCUUGACCCUUCGAACAUGAAUACUACCAAAUGGGUUUCAAUGUAUCACUGGCCAAUAACCACAUAUGCCGUGCAGGACAUGCCUGAUGUAAAAUGGACAAUGCAUGAUACUCAUCCAAUAUCAACAACAUUUCAAGAGAACCCUCAUUUAAUUCCUAUUCAUGAUACAUAUUUAUAUCAUCCAUGGACAUCAAUUACACAUUCUACAUUAGGACAAAGUAUGAUAAAUGCAGGAAGCAAUAUGGGCAUUCAUUCUCAUCCUCCUGUUUAUCCAUAUGGAGGAUUUUAUGGUAAUGAAUGGAAUACAAUAAAAAAAGAAAAAAAUGUUAGUAGUGGACCAAUUCCAGCGAAUCCAUUGCGUAUUUAUAAAGACUCAAAAGGAGUGGAUUGGAUUAGUUUUGCUUAUAGUCGAGAACGAGUUCGAACUGAAUAUACAAUCCGUGGCGACGUAGAAACUGUUGAUUUAGAUACCCUAUCAGAAGAAUUUAAACAGCAAAAUUGUAUUUAUCCACGUGCACGUGUUCCACCUGAACAAUAUACCGGAACUCGUCAUAGAUAUGAAACAGAAUGUAAUUCUAUUGGUUGGGCACUUGCUAAAUUAAAUCCUUGUCUUCGUAAUAAACGGGGAUUAAUUCAACGUGCAGUAGAUUCAUGGCGUAAUAAAGAACCAAGUCUUCGUAGCAGAAGAGUUAGAAGAAUGGUCGCAUUAAAUAAUCUUCAUUGUAUACGGGAAGCACGUCAUGUUCUGCAUGCGUCAAAUCAAGAAUCUCCAUUGCCGCCGCAGUUUCGGCAAGUUACAUCAACAAUUACGAACAGAGCAGCUCCAGGAACAUUAGAAGAGAAAGGAAAAUCAUUAAAUACAGAGGUUAAAAAACCAAAAUACAUUUUAUUGGAUGAUAUGAGGAAAAAGACCCGAGUUAGAAUUCGUGUAGGGUUAGAUGAGAUAAAUUUAGAAGAAAUUCCAGAUGCAUUUCGACGAGAUCAUUGUGUAUUUCCUCGUCGAUUUAUUCCAAUGCAUACUUCGACAGAACCGAUAAAUACAUAUGAACAGGAAUUUCAAACAGAAGAGGCAAAAAAAGAGCAAAUGUUAAAUGAAAUUGGCUGGAAACUUGCAUGGUUAAAUGUAAGAUUAUUUGAAAAUCGACCGAGUUUUUUGCAGCGGGCUGUAGAUGCAUAUAGAAAUAAAAUUGAAAUAGUCACAUGCGAGGAAAAAUGGGGAACACGCAAAGGACGAAAAGCAUGGUUUAAUAAAACAUAUUCAUGA